ACUGCAGCUCCGUUAGAAGGAGAGGGACGGUUUUUUUUAUGAAAAACAGUCGGUGCUCAAACAGAUCUUCUGCUACGAGAGAAGUUGAAUGUUUUAGAGUUUGAUCCACAAUGGAGGAGCCCAGCUCUGAAGACUCAGAGGAUAUUCAUGAGAAAAGCUGCCGGAAUGAUAACCAAGCAGGAAGUAGUAUCAAAGAGUCAUCUUCCACAAUGGAGGAAACCAGUACUGAAGAUUCAUUUAUGGAACUUUACUGUGAAGAAGAAAACGACCCAGGAUCAACAACAUGUGCCGCCUGUGAAGCUGAUUAUCAUGAAACGGGUACAGAUGGUAAAGCUGUUUGCCGUCAUGUGAAGACAACACAGUAUAAGAUCAGCCAUGAGUUAAUUUCUCAGCCUGUGGAGACCCCUGUUGGUGAAAUGGAGAAACACAUUGUGAUCAACUGCAGGGAGGAAGAAACGUUACAAGAGACAACAGACACAAAUGACUCGACAGAAAUCAGUGAUCAUGGACAACAAAACCUUGAGGAAGAAAGGAAAACACAAAAGACCAACCUUGAGAGGCUUUUGGAAGAUUUGGGCUUGGAGAAGUACCACAAAGAGAAGCUAUCAUUAAGCAAAAUACUUGGGAUUGAUGAGACGACGAUCACUGAUGACCUGGGCAACUGUAAAUCAAAUAUCCCGUUGAAUUUUCUUAAGAAAUUAGUGAUGGUUAAUGUGACUGCUAGGAACGUAAGAGGUGUAUCAUGUGACUUGAGUGAUGCCUCUUCUGAGUCAAACUGUGAUGAUGCAUCAGAAAGUACAGAGAGUGAUUUGGAGGAUCUGUUUGAAAGUUCAAAUAAGGCUGAAACAUUUAAUCCUCUUGAUUUAAUCACUGCUCUCUUCCUGUGUUCUGAUGGAUUUGUUCAUCAAGAGUUAGCUCUAAAAAUGUCCACGUGUCAAUUCUCUGUUCCUCUGCUGCUUCCUAACUGUGAUACACAGCAGUGCACCCUCAUGCUGUGGGCCAUGAGAGACAUUGUUAAGAAGUACAGACCUUCAAAUCUUGCAGAAACAAAAGGCUUCAUAGAAGAGAGAAUAGUUCUUUCUGAACUUCCAAUGAUCUCAUUUGUGAGACUGGGUGAGUGUUCUCUGUCCAAAUCAGAGAUCCUCAAUAAACUUUUGAGUAACUCUGAGCAAUACCAUGAAAGAUUUGUUCAUCACAACAUGGAGUGUGGAGACAUUAAGAGAAGAAUAUCUAAUGGACUGACUGAAAUGACCUGGUACCUUCCCUGUGGAAACAAAAACAUGGACAUCUUCAGUGAACCAGUUGCUAUAGCUAACCUUCGUGGAGACAUUGCUUCAUUUGAAACUCAAUUCUCCUUUUUGUGUCAGACAUCUGCUGCAGUUUUUGUUUUCUUUGACCAGCUGGACUCUGAGUGCAAACUGCUGACUAACAAAAACCACAAAGCUCAGAUCUUCUUAGUGGGAAACCAACAGAACAAGAACCUUACUCCAGAUGGUCUAAAGAAAAUAUUAGCCACUCUCGGCUUGACAAAGGACAAUAUAAUUAUAAAAACUAACAAAACAAAUGAUGCAGACUUUGUCAAAUCUUUGAAGAAAGUUGUGAGCAGUGUACUUACCAACCCACAGUCGAAGAUGUCAGUAGAGCAGAUGGCUGAUGUUGCUCAUGAAAUGGGAAUCACAGUUGAUGAAGAUUCUCCAGAGUGUCAAGAUGGAAAGAAAAAUGCAGAUGCCAUCACUGCAGAGAUAAAAGAUACUUUUCAAUUCAAAGAAAAUCAGUUUCCUUUACAAGGUCAAAUAUGGAAGGAACUGACAUUUUUGGAAAAGGAAGAAUUUCGUCUCCGAAAAGUUGGUUCUGAGACAGAAAACUAUAAGAGCAACCUUAAAAAGAAAAAAGAAGAGCAACGUCAAAAACAAAACUCCUAUGCAAUGUCAAGUGUAAUGACUUGCUUCAUUAGUGCAAUAUCCAGGCCACAUAGAGAAAGGUGUUACUUUCUAAAAUGGAUGAGAAUGAACCUCGACAAUUUGUCUCGAAUAAAACUUUCAGGCCUUAGGGAGCUUUACAAGGAAAAAUGCAAAGAUUCUGAGAACAAACAAGAGAUCAAAGAAAUCGACCAAAAACUUUCCAGCAGCUCACUGGGAGUUGAGCACUUCUUCCGUGAAAUGGGUCAGAUCUACGAAGCUUCUCUUUACCUUCCAGAAACAGAUUCAUCACGUCAACAACUGCAACAUCUGCCCAGACUCUGUGCUCAGUUGUUGCUGGAUGGAUUUCCUCUUGAGCUUGUAGAUGGAGAUGCUUCCAACAUUCCUCUCAGUUGGGUGAGUGAUGUUCUCUCUCAGCUCAAUGACUUGGUGUCUCCAAAGAACAAGAUCCUGGUCGUCACAGUUCUUGGAGUUCAGAGCACAGGGAAGUCCACUCUCCUUAACACCAUGUUUGGAGUCCAGUUUGCAGUCAGCAGUGGUCGAUGCACUAGAGGAGCCUUCAUGCUGCUCAUCAAAGUCAACGAAGACUUCAAGAAAGUUCUCAACUGUGACUUCAUGAUGAUCAUCGACACUGAAGGCUUAAAGUCACCAGAGCUAGCACAGCUGGACAACAGCCAUGAGCACGACAAUGAGCUGGCAACACUUGUUGUUGGUCUGAGUGACAUCACCAUUAUCAAUAUUGCCAUGGAGAAUUCAACAGAGAUGAAAGACAUCCUGCAGAUAGUGGUGCAUGCUUUCCUCAGGAUGAAGGAGGUCGGCAAAAAGCCUCAAUGUCAGUUUGUUCACCAGAACGUUUCUGAUGUUUCAGCUCAUGAGAAGAACCUGAGAGACAGGAAGCUGCUGUUACAACAGCUGAAUGAGAUGACCCAGGCAGCAGCUAAAAUGGAGAAGAAAGAAAAAUACAAGAGCUUCACUGAUGUGAUGGAGUAUAAUCCAGACACGGGGAACUGCUACAUUCCUGGACUCUGGAAUGGAAACCCACCAAUGGCUCCAGUCAAUGCAGGAUACAGUGAGACUGUCUAUGAACUCAAGAAAAACAUCAUCCAGCAGCUGGGAAAGUGUGAGUCAACUUCUAACAACAUCUUGGAGUUCAGAGAGUGGAUAACCAGCCUGUGGAACGCAGUAAAACAUGAAAACUUCAUCUUCAGCUUCAGAAACAGCCUGGUGGCUGAUGCUUACAUGAGGCUCUGCACAGAGUACAACCAAUGGGAGUGGGAGUUCAAAAAGGAAAUGUACAAAUGGGUCACCACAGCAGAAACUAGAAUUUCCAAUUUUGGUACAGUGGCUGCAACGUCUGAAAUAUCUGACAUGGAUGAGUUUAUCACUGAAUUGAAAAGUGAAGCAAUCACAGAGCUGACCAAGUGGGAGACAAAGAUCCUUGAAAACCUGAAGAAAUACUUUGAGCAGCCAGAAGGUCAUGUUUAUCUGGUUGAAGGAUACAGAGAGGAUUUCUCUAACAGCAUAAAGAGUCUUAGACGACAAACUGAAAGUUCAGUGUUGAACCAGAUCACAGCAGCAGCUGAUAUUAAGAAGGGAUUGAAAGAACUUGAUAAAAUCAGAGCCUCUUAUACAGAAGAAAUUGAGAAAGCAGUUUGUGCUUUAAUUGAUGAAUGUCGUAAGAAAAAAGUUAAAAUGACUGACUUAGAGCUUGAUGAAAGUUUUGACAAGAUGUGGACUGAAACACUGAAAACCUUGUCUUUCUCUGAACAGCAGACUUUAAAUAUCUUCACCAAUGUGUCCCAUCAGUUGCGAUCAAAUCUUUCACACAAAGGAAGCCAUGCAUGUGAACUUCUGAAUAAAAAAAUCCUCAAAGACUGUGGACUGCAGCCUUUUACAUACAAACCUAAAGGGGGGAUGGAAAAAGUCACAACUACUCUUAAAGGACUUUGGACCUGGACGGAUCUAAUAAAGGCAAGACAAGAAAUUGGUGAUUGGAUUAUUUCAGAUUGUGUUGACUAUAUUAGUGAUAAAGUCAAGAGAAAAACUAAUUAUCAUGAUACUUACAUCCAAGAGAUUCUUCACAUCAUUGAUAAGAGGCUGAACAAAGCUGAUGUUGACAUAGACAUUGAGUUUGAAGUGUCUCUGAAACAACACAUCUGUGGAUCUGCAGCCAGAAAGUUUCAGAAAAUGCAUGAAGAUUUUAUACAAGAAAAUGAUCCUUACAGAUGUCUGGAGAAAAACAAGGAAAUGUUUCGCACAGAUUUCAAAGAUGUGUUUCACAAACGAGAUCAAUGCCAGAAGAAAGCUGAAGAAUUCACAAACCAAAGUCUGAAACCUGCUGUUGAAAACUUCGUCUACCGUUCUCUUGGUCCUGAUAUUGUUGAUAAAAUGAAGAGUAGAGAAGAAUUCAGCACACGAAUGUCCUUCCAGUUUGAAAUUUUAAUGAAUUUGAUUUCAAAAAGUGACUUCAACACCUUUCAGAGCUACAUUUGCUCAUAUGAAAAGUAUGUAAAAUCAUGGAUAACUGAUAGAAUUAGGGAGAGUUUCUCCUCUCAAUCUACAAUUUGUGAAUUGGAGGACAAACAUCUUAAGUCCUGCAUCGACCACAUAAAUGCUGCCAUUAAAAAGGCAAAAGCAGAAAACACUGACAGUCUGAAGACAUUUGUUGAAAAUAUCUGCAAAGAACUUGGUGACAAACUGGUAAUUUCCCAAGAUUCUCUUGAUGCCUUCAUGGUUCUGAACAAUGCUGACCAGGAACAGUUUGUUCACUGGCUCAACGAGUGUGUGGAGGAAAUGACAGAAUCUCUUAGAGAAAAGUUCAACAGCACAGAGUUUGACUCAAAACUCUCACAGCUCCACAUGAAACCAGAGAAUGAGCUUUUUAACACUGUGAUUGGUUGUGGUCAACAGUGUCCAUUCUGCAAAAUAUCUUGUGAUGCAGGUGGAGAAGCCCACACUCAACACUUUGCUUCUCUGCAUCGACCAGAGGGUUUAGGUCGGUUCAGGUGGGAGGAAUCAAAAAAACUCACGACUGAUAUCUGCUCUUCUGCUGUUAUCAGUGACGUACGUUUUCGCUGCAGUGACACAAAGGGUGAAUGGCAUCCUUACAAAAAAUAUAGGGAGAUUUACCCCGACUGGAAUAUUCUUCCAGAUGUGAGCCUUGAGGCAUCAGAUUACUGGAAAUAUGUGAUGGCCAAGUACAACAAGGAAUUUGCUAAAGCAUAUGAUGCAAAGCCUGCUGACAUUCCUGAUGCUUGGAAGAAAAUCACAAAGGAAGAGGCAGUGAAAAGCCUCAAGAAAUCAUUCAACAUCAAAUGAAACCAUAAUUCAUGUUUAGUUGUAAGAACACAAUUGAUGCUUGCAUGUAGAGUAUUUUGUUCCUUUUUUGCUUUUUAUUUUGAAAGCCUUUCUAUUUGACACAUUGACCUUAUUCCUUCCACUGAAGACAAAAUAAGUGGUUUCGGCUUACUUUACUGUAGCUCCUUAUUUUUUUUUAAUCAUUGGUCAUUUAGAAUUUUAUCAUUCAAUUCCCUUAUGAACUGUUUUCAAAUGAUAUUAUGUGAACAUAUAUACACUCGUCGAAAAUUAAUAUGGAUGUGCUACUACACCAGAUAUUUGGAGAGUUUCCAUGUAAACUAAUUGUUCAAUGUUAACUCUAUGCAAUCAACUCUGCACCAGCAUUACAUCAUUCAGUGCACUGAUUGCUGCAAAGUCAAUCACUGGAUGUAUUUUGCUCAGUUUCCUUAGACAGAAAUCAUUUCACUAAAUGAAAUGCCAACAUGAAUUAUUAACUACAGUUAAAUUACAAUGUGUUUAACUUUAUUUCUGUCUAUAUGAUGUGGUUGAACUGAUUAUAUGUUUCAAUAUAUUCAAUGCAUCUGUAUUGUAUUCCAAAGUACCUUGAGAUUACUAUUCUUCAACCUCUAAUUAUUGCUAAAACAAUAAACUUAAUAAAGAUUGAUGUCAAAUUA